ACUCAGCGACUGUGCCCUGGCUGGUCUUGGCCAGGGUCUGAGAGGGAGGGCAAUUCAAGAGAUGCAAUAGCAGUAUUUAACAGGCUGAACGAUUUACUACAGGUGCCCCUCGGCCCUCCCCUCAGUCACUGUGCGGGCGCCCCUCAUCCUUCAUGUAGAUUUAGACAUCUGCUGACGAGGCGAGGGUGAGGUGAGAGUCAUCCCUAAGGCAAGAGCGAGACACGUCCAAGAAUCCCUGAGUGUUGCAGGAAGCGUUCAUCAUCGUGGCUGUCGUUCAAAAAGUCUUCUAGAGACUCAAUGCUCAUGUUUACCUUAUUACUGUUGUAACCCAAGAAACAAGUAGAAAUGAAACACAUAAGAUAAAAGAAGAAUGAAACAAGAAUGAAGAAAUGAAGAAGGAAAUAAGAAGUAGAAAGAAUAAAUGAUGGUCAGGAUGGGCAAGCCGCCUGUCCCAGUACCAUCAGGAGCAAGGAGGCGUAAUUUGACGUGCGUUGUGGCAGCAAGACAGAGGCAGGCAUCCUGAAGGAAGGGCAGCAAUACAGAUGCAGGCAGCCUGAAGGAAGGGCAGGAACACAGAGGCAAGCAGCGUGGAGCAAGGGCAGCAACAAAGAGGUUACAUCAGAGAAGCCCGAGCCCUGCAUCCCGCCAUGGCGUUCAGUAACGAAUUAGAGGAAUUGUUUGAGUCAAGGAUAAAACUAGCAACAAAGGAGCUGGUCACUGCUGUGGAGAAAGGAGACGAGGCAGGGGUGAGAUUGGCACUCGAGAGGGGUGCCAGGGCCGAGGUCACUGUCCCCAUUAAUGAUAGGGUGUCAGGGAGUCUGCUAACUCUGGCUGCCAGCGAGGGCCACGACCACCUACUGCCUCACUUACUGCAGGCGGGGUUAAGCAUAGAAGGUUGGGGCACCACUGACGCGACACCGCUGAUGCUGGCUGCCUUGUUUGGCCACAACCAGACAGUAAAGGCACUGUUGGACCUCGGCAGUAACCCUCUGGCCACGUAUGGUGAAGGGUGGACAGCCCUCCACUUUGCUGCAAGGUCGGGCCACCAGCAGUGUGUGGCGGCACUCAUCCCCGUCACUCCUCCCACUCCCGCACACCUCCAGGCAAACACCCCGGUACACACCGCCAGUUAUGAAGGCCACGUGGAGGUACUGGAGCAGCUGGCAGGUGCUGGCUGGUCCCUCACCGCAAGGAAUAGUGAUGGCGACACACCCAUGCACCGUGCUGCGGCAGGGGGCAGCGUGACAUGUCUGCAAUGGCUGGUGCAGCGAGGAGGUGACCCGAGCGUGCAAAAUAAUGCAGGACACACCCCGCUUGACCAGGAACUGGUCACUGCUGUGGAGAAAGGAGACGAGACAGGGGUGAUGUUGGCACUCUACAGGGGUGCACGGCCCGAGGUCAAAGUCCCCACUAAUGAUGAGAUGUCAUGGAGUCUGUUUACUGUGGCUGCCAGCGAGGGUCACGACCAUCUGCUGCCUUACCUACUACAGGCGGGGUUAAGCAUAGAAGAUGGAGGCACCACUGACAUGACACCGCUGAUGAUGGCUGCCUUACGUGGCCACACCCAGACAGUGAACACACUGCUGGAGCUCGGUGGUAACCCUCUGGCCACGCAUCGUGAAGGGUGGACAGCCCUCCACUUGGCUGCAGGGCAGGGCCACCAGCAGUGUGUGGCAGCCCUCAUCCCCGUCACCCCUCCCACUCCCGCACACCUCGCGGCACUCACUCCGGUGCACACCGCCAGUUAUAAUGGCCACGUGGAGGUACUGGAGCAGCUGGCAGGUGCUGGCUGGCCCCUCACCUCCAGGGACAGUUAUGGCAAUACACCCCAUGCACCGUGCUGCGGCAGGGGGCAGCGUGACAUGUCAGCGAUGGCUGGUGCAGCGAGGAGGUGACCCGAGCGUGCAAAAUAAUGCUGGACACACCCCGCUUGACCAGGAGCUGGUCUCUGCUGUGGAGAAAGGAGACGAGGCAUGGGUGAGGUCGGCACUCGACAGGGGUGCACGGCCCAAGGUCACCGUCCCCACUAAUGCUGGGGUGCUGGGGAGUCUGCUGACUGUGGCUGUCUACGAGGGCCAUGACCACCUACUGCCUAGCUUACUGGAGGCGGGGAUAAGCAUAGAAGGUGAAGGCACCACUGACAAGACACCGCUGAUGGUGGCUGCCCUACGUGGCCACACGCAGACAGUGAAGGCACUGCUGGACCGCGGCAGUAACCCUCUGGCCACGUAUGGUGAAGGGUGGACAGCCCUCCACUUUGCUGCAAGGUCGGGCCACCAGCAGUGUGUGGCAGCCCUCAUGCCCGUCACCCCUCCCACUCCCGCACACCUCAAGGCACUCACCCCGGUGCACACCGCCAGUUCUAAAGGCCGCGUGGAGGUACUGGAGCAGCUGGCAGGUGCUGGCUGGCCCCUCACCGCCUGGGACAGUAGUGGCUACACACCCAUGCACCAUGCUGUGGUCGGGGGAAGUGUAGCAGCUGUGGAGUGGCUGGUGCAGAGAGCUGGUGACCCACACAUCCAGUCGAAGGACAGACGCACCCCAAUGGAGUUGGCAAUGCAGUAUGGCUGCCACGAGGUGGAGACCUGGCUAGCCAAAAAUGGCGGCGGUGUUGGGAGGAGCAAGAUUCUGCAUGUGGAGGAAGUGAGGGCGUGGCAGGGCUUGCACGAAAACCAACACAACAGCGUCUUGUCCCUGCUGGUGGCGGGCAACGAGGCAGCCAUGGCUACCAUCCCCAGGGAUUAUGAUGGUCACGCGCUGAGCCAUGAUGGCCUGACGCCUCUUCAUGCCGCGGCGCUGUGCGGGGCUCCCAGUGGUGUUGUGGAGGCUUUGCUGCGACGCGGCGUGAGCCCUCAUGUGACCACUCCUGACAACAUGACCCCCGCUGACCUGGCACGGCAACAAGGCCAUGACUCCGUGAUUAUGGGACUACAGCACCACCACUGUGAACAAAGCGGCACGCCUCCCGAGUACCUGCACGAGGAGCUGCUCUCAACAGUCAGUCGCCGGGACGACGUGCAGGCGGUGUCCGCCCUCCUGUGUAAGGGCGCGCCCAUAGAGCUCCUGGGUAGCCAUUCUGUCCUGAGACUGGCUGUCACCACCGACCGUACACACAUCAUCAGCCUGCUGCUGGCUAGCGGUGCACCGCUGCCUGCCAGCCUGCUCCAGGAGGCUUGGCAGAGCCCCGAUGUGACCCAUAGGGUGCUGGCCUUCCUCACCACCGCCUACUGCUGCCGGCUGCGUGCAGAGCAGCGUCGCCUGGAAAAGAUCAGUAGCGCCCUUGUCGAGGGCAUCGACAGUCUGGUGAAAACCAUCGAGGGAAAUACUCCCUGGCAGGCAGCCUGGCGAUGGGGAAAGGAAACUGACCGUCCAGCACUGAGCGACCUCCUGGCAAAGGCCGCGGCUGCCAACUGCCCUGUGACUGCCGCCUUCCUGCAUAGGGCAGGAGGAUGGACAGUCUUUAAUGGAGCCUCUGGUGGCACUGCCCUCCACGCUGCCCUGGAAGCUGGCCACAAAGGCAUGGCCGAUCUGCUGAUCAGGGACCUUGGGGGCUGCCCAUACGUGCCGGACACACAUGGUCGCCUUCCAGUGCAAAUGUUGCCCGAUGAGGAGCAGCAGAGACUGGAGCAGAAGCUCUUUAUGGAGGAGCGUGAAAAACUGGAGAAUAUGGAGCUUCGCUUGAAGGCAGAUCACGAGAAGACCGCAGCACGGACAGCGCUGUGUAUACAGAAGGAUCUUUUUGAGAGCCACAAGAAGGGCGAGGGUAAGAAUGUCUCCUCACAUGAUGGCCGCGCUGCCCUGCUGCUGGCCUCGCGCAAAGGUCUCCUGCAGCUGACUCAUCUUAUACUGCAAGAGGGUCAUUUCCCCGUGGAUGAAGUGCUGGACUACACCUGCGGCACCACCGCUCUACACCAGGCAGCCUCACACGGCCAGGACAGCUGCGUGUCGCUACUGCUGAGCGCCGGCGCCAACACACAGCAGCGCGACACCUAUGGCCAGACGCCCCGCCACCUGGCCGCCAUGUUUGGCCACAAAAGUACUUUUGAACUCUUGGCACACCAAGAGACGCAGGACCUUCCUUGCCGCGCGGGCACCACGGCCACAAAGGUGAAAGAAAAUUUUAAAGUCUUUCACAAUAAGUAUUACAAAUAUAAGCGUAAUCUAUUAGACCCAAUCGACCAUCGUGACCCCGAAAACGUCAUAAGAAUUCUCGUGAAAUCCAUAGGCCUGCAAGAGCUGCAGAUGGAGGCUCAGCGGGUGGCUGUGGAUCUAUCAAAGGACGAGGCCCUUGAGGUGAAGGAGGCGGUCAUGGCGGAAGUAAGCACCAUCAUGAAUAAGGUGGCAGCCGCUGAUCCCACCUAUCACGGCGACCUGAGGCUGGCGGGCAGUUCUCGGGACGGCUCUAAGCUGUAUGCCCCUGACGAAUUUGAUAUAAACCUCGUGAUUCACGAGGAUAACGUAGGAAUAAAUGUUAGUAAGAGAAGGAAGGAGGAAGCACCGCUGAAGGGCAGCUUCCAGAUUUCUGUAAAGACUGACAAUCCUCAUCUUGAGGGUAAUAGAUUUAUGGCCAAUUUGUACAAGGAGGUGCACCGGUGCCUCGCUGGCCAUACCCUGCAGGACGAAAGACUGAGCCUGGUGCCACCGGGCCUGACCAGCACGCAAGUGGGCGUGGGACUCUCUCUGGCCUGGCAGGGGAAAGAGUAUCCACUGUUGCUGGUCGGCGUGGACCUGGUGCCAGUGCUUGAGGUGCCAUGGCUGGAGCAAGUUUCCAGACCCUUCCUUACUCCUGAGGACACCACCACCAUGCAGCUCAGUAAUGCUGCGGACGGAACAUGGCGCUGCAGCUUUGCCUUGACAGAGGCUGAGGUGCUGGGGACGUUGACACCUGCAGAGCGCCAGGUACAGCUGAUGGGAAAAGUACUUCUUUCCCGUCUCAAGGCCGAGCGCUGGAUGCCUCGGCACAAAAAGAGCUUCUUCAAGUGGUUUGCCACACGGGAGUGGAACAUCGCGGUGCCAGGCGGGUUCUGCUUCAAGAAUGCGCUCCUGCGGUGGCUGGAGCAUAGGCGGUGGAGGAAGGUAGAGCUUGGGGCUGGACGGAAGCAGGACCACAACAAGGAGUUGGGCGCUGGACAGGAGGGGAACCACGCCAAGGAGUUGGGGGCUGGACAGGAGGGGGACCACAAUAAGGAGUUGGGGGCUGGACAGGAGGGGAACCACGUCAAGGAGUUGGGGGCAGGACAGGAGGGAGACCAUACCAAGGAGUUGGGGACUGGACAGGAGGGGAACCACACCAAGGAGUUGGGAGCUGGACAGAAGGGGGACCAUGCCAAGAAGUUGGGGGCUGAACAGGAGGGGGACCAUACCAAUGAGUUUGGGGCUGGACAGGAGGGAGACCACACCAAGGAAUUCGGGACUGGACAGGAGAAGGACCAUGCCACGGAGUUGGGGGCUGCACAGGAGGGGGACCACACCAAGGAGUUGGGGGCUGAACAGAAGGGGGACCAUUCCAAGGAGUUGGGAGCUGGACAGGAGGGGGACCAUACAAAGGAGUUGGGGGCUGGACAGGAGAGGAACCAUGCCAAAGAGUUGGUGCCGGGGCGGGAGGGGGACCCCACCAAAUGGUUGGGGAAGGUGUUCAGAUUGAUGUGUGCGAACCCAGAAGAGUCACGAGAGCAACUGACAACUCAAAACAGCUCUGCCUACUUUGGAGGAGACUGUGAGGGACGGAAGCCUGGGGACGGGGCGCCCGUCAUCGUGCAGUGUCUGGAGGAGGGUUUGGAAAAGUUGUCUUCUGGCUUGGCCUCAGCCAAGACAACCAGGCCGCGGCGAUGAAAGCAUUAGAUGCAGAAGAUGCAGAACUGUGUAAUCAUUAGCUGUGAGCUGUGCCACGCCUCAUAACCCCCCACCACACACACACACAGGAACACAAGUGCUUGGUGCUCGAUUUUCAGAUUCAAUAGUUUAUUUAUAUAAGCCAAUUAGUUGUGAAACUGAUAUAAAGAAAAAAUAUAGAUUUUCAUGGUGCUAGCCUAGUGAGAGAAAAUACUCUCUCUCUCUCUCUCUCUCUCUCUCUCUCUCUCUCUCUCUCUCUCUCUCUCUCUCUCUCUCUCUCUCUCUCUCUCUCUCUCUCUCUCUCUCUCUCUCUCUCUCUCUCUCUCUCUCUCUCUCUCUAUAUAUAUAUAUGGAUGGAUUUAAAUUAUAAAAUUACUCAAAAGGUUUGAAAUAAAGAGAUGAGUUUUUGUGUUUGGUUUACUCAUACAACACUUUUCAAAAUACAGAGAGGAAUUGUUUUGUGUUUAUGGAAAAACACAAGGCAAUGAUUUAUUUACAUAUAUAAGUUUGCAAAUAUGAUAAGUCUGCUAGAAAGGUUUGAAAGCGACCCCAAGCGCAAACUGUUAUACUGUACAUAUUAAAUACUGACAUCACUUAUCAGGUAACAAUUACUACUUAA